AUGGCAUCGAAACGCAAGGCAUCCGCUAUGAAUGCGGCCGCCUCAGAGGAGCCGGUCGAUCCAUCCGACGAGCUCGUCUUUCUAUGUUUAGGUGGCGGGAACGAAGUCGGAAGAUCAUGUCAUAUCAUUCAGUACAAGGGGAAAACGGUCAUGCUUGAUGCUGGUCAGCAUCCUGCCUACGAUGGCCUCGCUGCGCUCCCUUUCUACGACGAUUUCGACUUGAGCACGGUCGACGUGUUACUCAUCAGCCAGUCAGAAUUGCGCUACCCCAUGCGACAUUUCCAUAUCGACCACGCCGCGUCUCUACCAUAUGUUCUAGCGAAGACGAAUUUCCGAGGACGAGUGUUCAUGACACAUCCGACAAAGGCAAUCUAUAAGUGGCUUAUUCAAGACAGUGUUCGUGUGGGCAACACAUCGGCGAAUCAGACCACUCAGCCUCUCUACACCGAGCAAGACCACUUAAAUACAUUUCCACAAAUCGAAGCCAUUGAUUACCAUACGACGCACACGAUAUCGUCCAUCCGAAUUACACCGUACCCUGCCGGCCAUGUUCUGGGUGCGGCCAUGUUUCUCAUCGAAAUCGCCGGACUCAACAUUUUCUUUACAGGCGACUACUCUCGAGAGCAAGACAGACAUUUGGUCUCGGCUGAAGUCCCCAAAGGCGUCAAGAUUGAUGUCUUGAUUACAGAAUCCACGUAUGGCAUUGCGUCGCAUGUGCCUCGUCUAGAACGUGAGCAGGCUCUCAUGAAAUCCAUCACAAACAUUCUAAACAGAGGAGGCCGAGCCCUCUUACCGGUCUUUGCCUUGGGGAGAGCUCAGGAGCUUCUUUUGAUUUUGGAUGAAUACUGGGGAAAACACGCCGAAUUCCAAAAGUACCCAAUAUACUAUGCUAGUAAUUUGGCAAAGAAGUGUAUGCUUAUUUACCAGACCUACGUGGGCGCCAUGAAUGAUAAUAUCAAGCGACUCUUCCGAGAACGCAUGGCGGAAGCCGAAACAUCAGGAGGGGCGGGAGCUGGUGGUCCUUGGGACUUCAAAUACAUCCGCUCACUGAAGAACCUGGAUCGUUUUGACGAUGUCGGUGGUUGUGUCAUGCUUGCCAGCCCGGGUAUGCUGCAAAAUGGUGUCAGUCGCGAGUUGUUUGAGCGCUGGGCGCCAAACGACAAGAACGGCGUCAUUAUCACGGGUUAUAGUGUGGAGGGUACCAUGGCCCGUCAGAUUAUGAAGGAACCAGAGCAGAUUCAGGCCGUCAUGUCGCGGAGUAUUGCAGGCGCGAGAAGGGCGCCCGGAGGAGACGGCGAAAAAGUCAUGAUUCCGCUACGAUGUAGCGUCCAGGAAUAUUCCUUUGCCGCGCACGUCGACGGUGUCGAGAACCGCGAAUUUAUCGAAGAAGUGGCGGCACCAGUAGUGAUUCUAGUGCAUGGCGAGCAAACGAAUAUGAUGCGUCUUAAAUCGAAACUGCUAUCGCUCAAUGCCAACAAGACAGUCAAGGUCAAGGUUUACUCGCCUCGUAAUACAGAAGAGCUACGCAUUCCCUUCAAGGCCGACAAGAUUGCCAAGGUCGUGGGCAAGCUCGCAUCCAUCCCGCCACCACGACCCAUUGCCGCGUCCGACGACGCCGACACAGGCGUCGCCGGGGGGCCGCUCGUCUCGGGUGUCCUGGUCCAAAACGACUUCAAACUGUCGCUCAUGGCGCCCGAGGACCUCCGCGAAUACGCCGGCCUCAACACCACCACCAUUACCUGCCGACAGCGCCUCACGCUGAGCGCCGCGGGCAUCGACCUCAUCAAGUGGGCUCUCGAGGGCACCUUUGGCACGGUUGAGGAACUGCCUGAGAUGCACCUUAUGCAGAUCGACUCCAGCAAGACCGCCAAAGAAGGCGCGGAUGACAACGAGGAUGACGAUUACAACCCGGAAGUGGCCGUGGCGGCGGCGGAGGAGGAGGCCGACGAGGAACUCCCGCGUCUCGUGGCGGCGUACCUCGUCAUGGGCUGCGUGACGGUGCGCUACCGCAGCAACGGCGAGGUCGAGCUCGAGUGGGAGGGCAACAUGCUCAACGACGGCAUCGCCGACUCGGUCAUGGCGGUGCUCUUUUCCGUCGAGAGCUCCCCGGCCGCUGUCAAGAAGUCGUCGGGCAAGUGCGGUCACGCCCACACCUCCCCGGAUGCCAUGGAUGCGGACGCGCCCCUGCCAGAGAGCAACCCGCACGCGCGCGUCUCGCCGCAGGACCGCCUCGAGCGGCUGCUCUGGUUCCUCGAGGCCCAGUUCGGCGCCGACAAUGUCGCCCCGAUCGAGACGCCCCGGCUGCCCGCCCUGCCCGCCCUGCCGUCCCCGCCACCAGACGACGACAGCAAGCCUGCAGGGUCCUCCUCCGCCGCCGCCGACGGCGACGACGCCAUGGACGUAGAGAACGAGGACAGCACCCGCGCGGAACAGGCUCUCCAGCAGCGCCGGAGCAAAGAGCUGGCGCGCCUGCACAGGCUGGGCAUCCCGGUCCCCGGCGUCUCCAUCAAGGUGGACAGCAUGACGGCGACGGUCUGGCUCGAGGACCUCGAGGUGGAGAGCAGCAAAUCUGUCUUUGCGGACCGCGUGCGCGCCGUCGUGGAGAGGGCAGUGGAAGUGACGGCGCCGCUGUGGGGUUGA